AUUCAAAGUUGUCAAGUGUCCAUCUACAGAAUAUCUCCUUUCGACCGCCGCCGAAGCAUUGAGGUUAGGAAACGGAUUUCGUUUCGCGAUCACAACACAACAGUUCGACACAUCGCACCACCGCCGACGUCUGCCACUGUACGUCGUCCGAAUACCCGCGGCCGUUCAAAGUAUUAUUUAAAUAUAAAUUUGUGUUCACUGUUACCGCCCUACACACGAUGGCAGGCCCUCCGACGUUUAUCGAACUGUCUCGCGAAGAACAGGCUUUAGAGUUAAGGUCCUAUUUGCGUAGCAUUGGCGCCACUUUGCAAGAGAAGGCAACUGAUAACAUUGAAGAAGAUAUGAAAGAAAUCAUAUCUAAAUGUGAUGCUUGUCUAAAGACAGACUUGUCAGAUGCUGAUAUUGAAAGCUUUUUGUGUUCUAUUGUAUCAGUGAUUAUUGGAAUUGGUACUAUGGAUGUGGAGAGUAACCUUGUUACUGCAUUCAGUCAGAAACUUUCUAAGCAUGAAGAAGAACGUUUUAGCAAUACCAUACUUAAGACUUUAUGGUUAUUGCAUGGAACAGUUGACCCAAAACUACCAGCUCGUUUUCAGUUGUAUUCAGACAUAGUAGAUGUGGCCAAACGAAACAAGCAGCUCCUGUUGGUGUAUGGAGGAAUAGAUAGCUUAAACAAAUCACUCCUAUCCAUCAGUCAUUCCAAAAAACAAAAGCAGUCUCUCCUAAGACAAUUGCACAGUGCACUGAUUGAAAAUGGACACAGUGAAUUGGCUGCAGAAGUUAUGAUUGAACUUCUCCGCAAUUACACAGCUGAUGAUGGCAAACAGGCUAAAGAUGAUGCAAAGAGGUGUAUUGUCUCAGCUAUUGCUGACCCUAAGACUUUCUUAUUUGAACCAUUGUUGAGUUUGACUCCUGUUAUAUCUCUACAAAAUUCACCUUUACACGAGCUCUUGGUUAUAUUUGUCUCCGGAAAUCUUACCAACUAUUUAGAUUUCUACAAAGGUCACAAGGACUUGAUCAAAUCUUUAGCAUUAGAUCAUCAAGCUAACAUACACAAGAUGAAAUUACUGACUGUUAUGAGUUUGGCUGAAGACUCUAGCAUCAUAACAUUUGAAACGAUUCAACAACAAGUUCAAAUAACUGCUGAACAAGUAGAACCAUUUUUACUUGAACUUUUUGGUACAAAAUUUGUACGUGGCCGAAUGGAUCAGGCAGCGAAAAAAGUGAACAUUUCAAGCACAAUGUACAGAACAUUCAGCAAACAGCGUUGGCAAAUGUUGAGGAAUUCGUUCUUCAGUUGGAGAUCUUGUCUUAGUGUUAUCGAAGAAGGAAUGAAAACUGUUGUGUCAAAUUCUCAAACAGCAAUUUAAUAAAAUAUAAUUGUAAAAGCCAUGUCAAUUAAAUCGACAUAUUUAUUAAAACAUUUUUGGAAUAAAGAAAGUUUACUUAGUAAAAACCAUUGAAAA